CGCACAUUAAGCCCAGUCCAAGGGUCUACGGAGACUCUGCACUCUCAGCUGUGGGCAGUGAAGUCUCCACGGAGCCUAGAGGAACAACAUGUUUGUCACCAUCCUGCAUGGAGACGGCAGGACAGAAAUGAUGAAUCUCAACUGCAGGCUGAUAAACUUCAUCCAUCAUUUGAAGGAAAAGUCUGGAGUGGACUUCAAAGAUUGUGUGGACCUGAUGGACAGCCGCGGUCACGUGGUGGAGCUGCGCGCGCAGCAGCGCAGCCUGGCCGCGGCCAGCAGCGUCCUGGCGGAGCGGCAGCGCUACGUCCUGCUGCGGGUCUGCCGAGAUGAUGGAUCUGGAAGUCAUAAAUAUGUUCCCCUCCUAAAUAACUACAGCCAGAGCCACCCUGAGUUAAUAGGGCUGUUGAAGAAGCUGGCAAACCCAGGCAAACCCAGCAAACAAGGAAGGAUGCAAAGGACCAAAAACAUCUCCUCGUGUGACAAAAAGCAGUAGCUUAAACAGUUUCCACAGAUACUGUACCUUCUGUAGUACAGCUGAUGUACUAAUAAACAAGCGACCUGUCUGCAGUUUAUCCUGCUGAUGAAUGUGAUCUAACAUGUCUGAUAUGGCAAUUUAAUGAGCUAAGCUAUAUUGUCAUUUUAAAUACCCUGUAAUGUCAAAUAACCCAUAACAUACUGAGUCUUAUACGACAUGUGAUGUAUA